CGGACGACGCAUGCGCGGGCGGCGCGGUCUUAAGGGCGGCCGCGGCCCGGGGCCGCCCAGUCGGCCUGUCAGCCGGCUUCGGGGUGCGUUCCUGCGCUUGCGCGGCGGCGGUGAUGAAAGCGAUGGCGGCGGAGGAGGAGGUGGACUCGGCAGACGCCGGUGGAGGGUCAGGAUGGCUGACAGGGUGGCUUCCUACCUGGUGUCCCACGUCUACAUCACACCUUAAAGAAGCUGAAGAGAAAAUGUUAAAAUGUGUCCCCUGCACGUACAAGAAAGAGCCUGUGCGCAUAUCCAAUGGGAACAGAAUAUGGACACUGAUGUUCUCUCAGAACAUUGCCAGUAAGACACCACUUGUCCUCCUUCAUGGUUUUGGAGGAGGCCUUGGACUUUGGGCCCUGAAUUUUGAAGAUCUAAGCACUGAUAGGCCUGUCUAUGCCUUUGACCUACUGGGCUUCGGAAGAAGUAGCAGACCUAGGUUUGACAGUGAUGCGGAAGAAGUGGAGAAUCAGUUUGUGGAAUCAAUUGAAGAGUGGAGAUGUGCCCUCAGGUUGGACAAAAUGAUCUUGCUUGGACACAACCUGGGAGGGUUCUUGGCUGCUGCUUACUCACUGAAGUACCCGUCAAGAGUUAGUCACCUCAUUUUAGUAGAGCCAUGGGGUUUUCCUGAGCGACCAGAUCUUGCUGAUCAAGAGAGACCAAUUCCAGUUUGGAUCAGAGCCCUAGGGGCAGCAUUGACUCCCUUUAACCCCUUGGCUGGCCUCAGGAUUGCAGGACCUUUUGGGUUAAGUCUAGUACAGCGUUUGAGGCCUGAUUUCAAGCGAAAGUACUCCUCUAUGUUUGAAGAUGACACGGUGACAGAGUACAUCUACCACUGUAAUGUACAAACCCCAAGUGGUGAGACAGCUUUCAAGAACAUGACGAUUCCUUAUGGGUGGGCAAAGCGGCCAAUGCUUCAGCGGAUAGGUGGCUUGCAUCCUGACAUUCCAGUUUCAGUGAUCUUUGGUGCCCGAUCCUGCAUAGACGGCAACUCUGGCACCAGCAUCCAGUCACUGCGACCGAAGUCAUACGUGAAGACAAUAGCUAUCCUUGGGGCAGGGCAUUAUGUGUAUGCAGACCAGCCAGAAGAGUUCAACCAGAAGGUCAAGGAGAUCUGCCACACCGUAGACUGAGCCAUCUGAGCCCUGCAGGGGCGCCUGUGACUGACACAAUACCACAACCACAGGACAAGUGAGAAGUACAGCCUAAGAACCAGGCAGUCUCCUGGACUGGACUCUGCAGUUUUCCACACUUAAACCAAUUAGUGCCUUCUAGAAGAAUGGCUUUCCUUUCUCCUACACAAAAUUAAAAUACACAAGAGUCUCCCAAUUUAAUAGUAGCCUUAAAUAAAGGUUGUCCUUCUAAUGUACUGAAAAAUUGUGAUUUUUCAGCUGAGACUUUCCUUGUGUUCACCUAACUGCUUGUUAGGUGUUUUUCGUAUUGCAGUCUGUGUGCCAGUUUGACCAGUGACUUCGGGCCUGUGGUGUUAGAUGCUGGGAAGCUAUACCUUAUUUUCCUUGCAUGUAUUUACCAUCUCUAACAACGAACGUGGUUAACCCAAGUACUUUUAUGUAAAACGAUUUCAACUUAGAAUACUUCAGUUUUGAGAUGGAGUUUAGAAUAUUUCAUUUUGAAAUGGAAUGAAAGGAUAGGUUUUGAUGUAAAAGACAGGAGUCGAUCACCAGCGUUAGCUUCCCUUGUUUUCCUGUGUUAUGCUCAAGGCUGGAAAGCUGUGUUCAGCAUUUUAAAUGUAUUCCAUGGUGACAUACCGCUUACAUCAGCACAGUUCCUGGGAACCUUCUGUGUGUAAUCCAUAGGGUUCUGUGAGAACAUAUGCAUAGACGCGGCAAUUCAAGUACUGAGUAGCCUGAACCGGAAGCCUGUCCCUUUUCCUUCCCAGUGUUCCCAGGAACCAGGAUCUAGUGAAUGAACAGGUCUCCUCACUUACAGGGAUAUUAAGACUGUUGCCUCUCGGUAAACGAAGUCACACUAUGUUCUCAUGAACAGCCAACUUAUAUGGUGCUUAAACUGGAUUAUAUUUUACCACUAACACUUAAGAAUAUGUGGUGCUGUUAUGUCUCAUGGUACCAGAAAUGAGAUAGAACUAGUGUUUAUUUUUUAUUAAAAAUUAUGUUAAUCUAAUCACUUAUAUUCUUGAAGUAAAAUUAUGAAAAAAUCUAUAAUGUUGUUUGAACUGUUUGGCAGAAACCACCAUUGAAUUUAUAACUUCUGACAAUUUUAAAAUGAGAGGAAAUGUGAAAGUAUGAAAAAGCUCCUUGUAGUAGCUGGAGCUCAGAAAACCUUCUGCACAGAGAACAAAGAACAGAGAGCACUGUUACCAACAUUGCUUGUGCAGGAGAAAAGCAGAUUGCACAAACAAAAACUAGACCUCACAAAUCAGGACUUGAUGAUUUGGGCUAGUACAUUUCUAGUGGCUAGUCAGUGAUUUUUUUGAAAAUGUAAAAUUAUAUGACAAUUAAUUAACUGCCAGAAAGAUUAGCUCCACACCCUAGGAGAACGUGUAAGUCAUAUUGAAGUGGGACAAGCAGCUUCCAGUGACCCUUCAUCUGACUCAUUAAAUGCAUUAGGUCAGUACAAAAAGCCACCAUGAGACGAAAGUGCUUCCUUUCACCAUCCUGAGAAUAAAAAUAGCCUUUUCCCCUUUAUAGUUGGUGUUGUGGAUGGCCAGAUUCACACUGGAGAGUGAUGUAAAGUUUGGGCGGGACUCUUGUUUGGUAUUCACCAGCCUCAGUCAGUCUUUGUUCACUGAAGAAAAAAAUUCUGCACAAGAAACUGGUCCACCCAAAGAAACUGACUUCCUGCUGACUUGCUUUGCUUUGUUGGACGUGUUGUGAAGCUUCUUAAACAUUAAAGUUUCCUUGGUGUAUGUGAUUCUUGUAAAGGUUGAAGUAGUGAGAUUUAUAAUCUGAAUUCUUGAGAACAGUGGUUGCUAAAUAUCUUUUCAUGUAAAAGGUCUGUUAACUAUCUUUGGUCUUUGCUAAGUUAUUUUACAGAAUAAACUCGACAGUGCAGCA